AUGGUCCGCCAUACAAAGAACCUCGGAGCAAUCCACAUUGCCUGGGGAUAUGAUGACGCAUGCAUCGGAUACUUCUUCACCGUCUACGACGACCGCCUCCGCUGGCAGACAGGUCAAUCCUCUGAAGUUGACAGUAUUACCGAGAAGGUCUCGAUGGACGGCGGAGGGAACUACUUUGAUCUCAACACGUACCGAAUUGGAGGAUUUGGGCACAAGGUCUCGGAGAAGACGAUGUUUACGUUUAUGAGACGAUAUGGGAUUGAUCCGGACAAGAUCAAGAGCCAUGACGGCGGUGUGGGUGAAGGGACUGGGGGUGUGAAGGAAUGCGCCAAUUCGGAGUGUCGUAUGUUGGAGACUGAGACUGCGCACAAGAGAUGUGCAAGGUGCAGGAAUGCUUGGUAUUGCUCAAAGGCGUGUCAGACUACCGAUUGGAUCUCGCACAAGGUCAUUUGUAUUGAGGCUUGA